GAGACCAUAUGAAUCUGAGAAGCCACAGUGUAGGUGGAUAAUAAUCCAAGCAGCCGGCGUGCAAUAAUGAAGUUCCAAAAAACACUUGGUUUAGUGCUCAGCUGCAUCCUGUGUGAUUAUAUUGUAAAUUCUUCAGGAGGAAGGUUGGAGAAUAAUGGAUAUAGAGACAUAGUUAUUGCCAUGAAACCUGGAAUCCAACAUAACGACGAGCUUAUUGAAAAUAUCCAGGAAAUAGUGACUGAAGCCUCCUUCCACCUUCACCGAGCUACCAAACAGCAAGUUUAUUUUGCCGAUGUGAAAAUCCUGCUGCCUCAGUCGUGGCCAGUUCGUUCCAGCUCGGUUCACAGACCGAAGACCGAAUCCUACGAGAAGGCUGAUGUGAUCAUUGCGGAGCCAUACCUUAAAUAUGGAGAUGAACCAUACACUCUGCAGUAUGGCGGAUGUGGUGAGAAGGGCCGGUAUAUUCACUUCACCCCAAACUUUAUACUAAACAGCAGCCUGACUCAAAAUUAUGGUUCAAAAGGUAAAGUUUUCGUUCAUGAAUGGGCUCAUCUUCGAUGGGGAGUUUUUGAUGAAUAUAACAAUCUGGUGCCCUUCUAUUUAUCUAAUGGAACCUAUGAAGCAACAAGGUGUUCAAAAAAGAUAGUAGGAAAGAUUUCUGACUGCACGAGCAGCCCCUGUACAUCAUGUGACAUUGAUCCCAACUCAGGCUUGCCAAAAGGCAAUUGUAAGUUUUAUCCAGCGAAAAGCCAGACUUCAUCCUCUUCAAUAAUGUACAUGCAGGCACUGUCAAAUGUGGUUGAAUUCUGUGACGAGAAAACUCACAAUCCUGAAGCACCAAACAUGCAGAACAAAAUGUGCAAUCAGAGGAGCACCUGGGACGUGAUCAAAGAGUCAGAGGAUUUCAGAAACAAUCGCCCACCCCACAUUGGUCCAGUGAUACCGACAUUUACAAUCCUACAGGCCAAAGACCGUGUGCUCUGCUUAGUCCUUGAUAUUUCUGGAAGCAUGGGCUCGGAGAAUCGUAUUAACAGACUCCGACAAGCAGCCGAGAUAUUCUUACUGCAGAUCAUUGAAGUACAAUCACAAGUUGGAGUUGUCACUUUUAACAGUGCCGCAAGUAUUCAGACAGAUUUGAAAGUGAUUGAUGAUGAGAAUGUGAGGGAUCAGCUUGUCCGACUGCUACCUACAUCAGCUAAUGGCGGAACAAAUAUCUGUGCUGGCGUUCAGUCUGGGUUUCGGGUGCUUCGUGGUGAUGACGGUGCUACAAACGGUGAUGAAAUCGUUUUACUGACUGACGGGGAGGACAGUGGAAUAAGCAGUUGCUUCGCGGAGGUAGAACAAAGUGGUUCAGUUAUCCACACUAUAGCGUUAGGACCAGGUGCAGCCGUAGAACUGGAACAGCUUUCAAAGAUGACAGGGGGUUCACAGUUUGCAGCCACUGAUAAUGUGGAUGCAAGUGGAUUGAUCGAUGCCUUCACUGGAUUAGUAUCAGGAAAUGGUGACAUUAGUCAACAAUCAAUUCAGCUUGAAAGUUCUGGAACAAGGAUUGAUGAUGACAGUUGGUUGAAUAACACAGUUUUUAUCGAUAAGACUGUUGGGAACGACACAUUUUUUGUAGUUACAUGGGAGACGCAGACACCAUACAUGUUUGUACAUGACCCCAAUGGAAAGGUGUACGACAGUGGUGACUUUGGGAUAGAUGCAACUGUACGUACAGCCCGUCUCAACAUUUUUGGCACUGCACAGGCAGGACCGUGGAUGUACAGUAUCCUGAAUCCUGGAACUGAACAGAUUAUAACUAUCACAGUGACAUCCCGAGCAGCAGAUGUGAAUGUUCCACCAAUAACAGUCAAUGUGCACAUUAGAGAAAAGGAUUCCGGUGGAACUAUAAUCUAUGCAGAAGUCAGUCAGGGAUUUUCACCGGUCAUGUUUGCAAAAGUGACAGCCAUUAUUGAACGUCCCACUGGUCCUCCAGUUGAACAGGACCUUUCUGAUGAUGGCCUAGCUGCUGAUGUUGUCAAGAAUGAUGGUAUCUACACGAAGUUUUUCCAUAAGUAUUCUGGAUAUGGAAGAUACAACUUUAAAGUACGCGUAGAGGGAAAAGAAGGGACUACAAAGACAGCAAUCCGAACAGGGGCUCAUGCCUUUUAUAUACCAGGAUACACGGAAAAUGGCAUGAUUCAAACAAAUCUACCAAGGCCUGCAGGCAACACGGAAGAUCUGCAGGCUGAGUUAGGAGACUUCAGCAGGGUCAAAUCAGGAGGAGUAAUUUCAGUUCCAGCAGGAACACCCAUUGUUGACUUUCCACCAUGCAAAAUCACAGACCUCCAAGCAACAAUAGUCAAAAAUAAAGUUGAGCUGGAAUGGACAGCACCAGGAGACGAUUACGAUCAGGGAGCAGCGUCUCGCUAUGAGAUGAGAAUGAGUGACAACCUUCUACAGCUACGGGACAAUUUCUCAACAGCAGCUCUGGUUAACUUAACCAGCUUGAAUCCACAACCAUAUGGCUCAAGGGAAGCAAUUGCAUUUGUUCCUGAAAAUACAAAACUGCAAAAUGGGACAAAUAUCUACUUCGCUCUCUGUGCAUAUGACACAAUCAAUCAGUCCUCUGAAAUGUCUAACGUAGCCAAGGCUUCUGUCUAUGUGCCAUUCAUUGAGCACGCAAAGGGCAAUAAUAGUAAAUCGGAGGUUGUUUGGAGUGUAAUAGUUGUCACAAUUCUUGUGUGUUUGAUCAUUGGAAUUAUUAAUUACCUGGUACAGAGAAAAAAGACUGGAACUUAUGUACCAGAGGCAUGCAAUUAAUGAGAUUAAUAAUUCAAACACUUAACCAGAUUUCUCUUUAUAGAAGUAAAGGCUUGGUGCUGAGGGGCAGGAGGGGGAGUGAAAAUCCAUAGUUUUCUCAAAUAUUUACACACUUUUCCACGGUUUCCAUUGGCUUGGGAGAGUUAGGAAAGCUGCAUGGGUUUAAACCCCAGUGGUACCCCAGACACACUUCAGCUAUGCUUCUCACAGAUCUAUGCAUUUAAUUUCGCUGGAUUUGGGUAAUUUUGUGCAUUCUUACAAGAAAGGAUUCUGUAUACUUGUCUAUUUUUGAUGUUAUCUCUGUUGCUCUCCAUUAAUAAACAAGAUUUCUUGUAA